AUGACCGCGUUCAAGAAUGUUCUGCUUAUUGGUGCAGGCGGAAACCUAGGUGUUCCGGUCCUUGAAGCAUUCCUAGCCUCUCCGUACCGCGUCAGCGUUCUGACCCGCAAAGAGUCGACAUCAACAUUCCCAGACAGCGUGCCUAUCUUCAAAGCAGACUAUACCGAUGUAUCAUCCGUCAAGGCCGCAAUGGACGGCCAGGACGCAGUGAUAAGUAUGGUCGGCGGUAUCGCAGCCGGCGACCAACAGGUCUUCAUUGAUGCCGCCCUCGCUGCAGGGGUGAAAAGAUUCUUCCCUAGCGAGUUCGGCCCCUACUCGCGGAACCCCGAGUUUGCAGCGCUGAUCCCGCAUGUUUUGCCGCACAAGAGCGCCACCGUCGACUAUCUUAGAUCCAAGGAGUCUGAGAUGUCCUGGACGAGUGUAGUUACGGGCGCAUUCUUUGACUGGGCUAUGCGAGUUGGGUUCUUUGGUUUCGACCUCGCCUCGAAAACCGUUACUCUCAUUGACGGCGGUACUUCGGUUUUUACCACGACGAACCUGCCGACGAUUGGCAAAGCCUUAGUUGCGAUACUCGAUCAUCCGGAGGAGACAAAGAACCGGUAUAUCUUCUUGUCGUCCUUCAACGUUAGCCAGAGAGAAAUUUUAGACGUGGUUGAGAAGGUAGAUGCGCAGAAAUGGACUGUGAAGCAUGUCACAUCCGAGGAGGUCAUCGAUAGGGGCAAGAGAAGGCUUGCAGCAGGUGAUUUCGCCGGAAUCGUGGAUUUGACCACGGGGGGAGCGUUUGGCAAACAAGCCCUGGCCGAUGAGAGUCGGCAUGGUUUCUGGAACGACCGGUUGUGCCUUGCGAAGGAUGAUAUAGAAAAGAUUGUCAGAGAACUGCUAUAA